UGGAUCCGGGGCUUUAAAUCCUGCCUCAGCAUCCGGGAGCGCCACAUUCUCUCUGCAGAACCACAGCGAGUCACGUCUCCUCUGGGUCUGAGUGAAACCUGAAGCCGGACCAUGGGUUAGACUCAGUGGGGACUUUCUGACGGACCUGCGGCUGAACGGCACCAGGAGGGUUUCUCUGAAGGCUUUCUGCAGACAUGAAGGAGCAGACAUGAUGCCCAGCGUCCCUCCUCUGGGCUCAGAGGUCAGCCUGCAGGUGGUCCGCCUCAGGACCAAACAUCUGCUGCUGCUGCUCCUGCUGCUGGACUUUACACACGAUAUCUGGACCCUGCCGGCCCCCAGCAGAGUCUUCAUGGAGUCCUUCAACAUGAAACACGUGCUGAGGUGGACCCCCCUGAAGACGUCCUGUAACACCACGGUCCUGUACUCCGUCCAGUACCAGGGGUCCGGGGGCUCCGGCCUGGAAGAAGCCCACCAUGGUGACGCUGGCGGUGGUGGCCAUGUUGAGCCUGUUGGUCGCUUUGUUCUGGUUCAUCGGUCACUGCCGGCCCGACUCCUGCAGGAAGUUCUUUGAAAAGGUUCCGCUGCCAUCGUCCCUGGUGCAGCUGUGGAAGAUCGACACUCGGGUCAUCGUUCCUCCAACAGAACCUAACCCUCAGGAGAAAACAUCUCGUCUGCAGAUCAGCCAGAACCUCACAGACUUCAACUCCUCGGGCUUUGUUCUGGUCCAGAUGGACCAGCAGGACCAGGAAACAGAACUUGUAAAAACAUUUUCACAAACYGAAACAGCAGGAAGCAAAAAGCUGGUUCCUGCUGAGGGGACCGGGUCAGAACAUGAGGUUCUGCUGCCUCUGGUGUUAAAGAACCACCCGUCGACCCAUUCUCUUGACCCGCCUGGUUCGRUUCAGGAUCAUGAGGAGCUGUGGCUGCUCUCCAGUGGUUCUGAGCUAAGUGACUGGGUCCACUCAGGACCGGACACGGGUCCACCAGAGGACCCCGCUGAGACAAACCACACAAAUUCAAGACCAGAAUCUGGACCCGCUGAUGGACCCAGCAGGAGUUACAGAAAACAAGGGUCAGAACGGACCGGGCCAGGAGGCGGACCUGGGACCAACCUCCUGACCAGCAGAACUGUGACUAAACUGUGAGUGGAAACCAGGAAGGAGGAGGAGCAUGAGGAGGGGGAGGAGCUUCAGGAGGGGGAGGAGCUUCAGGAGGGGGAGGAGCUCUGAGGGCCACUUCAGAGGGUGGCAGACUUUAAGUGUUAAUAUUAAAGUUUCUUUAAAGAGUUUUAAACAAGUUUGAGGAUGUGAAAAUAUAAACUUUAUCAUUUAAGGURAUUAUAUUAAUAUCUGUUGGUAAAAGUCGAAUAAAUGUUGAAGAGAAAAUA